AAUAUAAGACAAUUUCGUACCGGAUGUAUUUUAUCGUUAUCUGCUCAAACGUCAAACGUUCAAACCUUUACUUGAUAUUUCAAAUCUCCUUACUUUAAACAGUGGCAGUUCUAAACCCCUGAGCACUUUCUUCUUCCCAUUCGAGAAAGUCACGCUGCUUGCAUUUCAAUGUCAUGGCUCAUGUCGGUUACAGUUGCGUUACUCUGCACUUCAUGUCGUUGGCGCAUUGUGCCAAAUAUAAUUACCCUUCGGUAAAGAUGCAAUUUUUCCAACACCGUAAUCAGUUCAUCGAGACCUACUAACGGUACAAGAGCUCGAGCUUCAUCUUCAGGAGAAUUCACCAACAAUGGUAGUCAACUCAGUCCGUAGCGCACCCGCAAACAGGCCGGGCGAUCAACCAAUUGAUUCCGGUUCUAUAGAUCGUCAGUAUUCGUUUAUCCGGCCGUACCCAUUUUUCUACGAAAUGUACAACCCAGGAUACAAUCCAUACCUGCCUUACAGUCCGCAGCACCCGGGAGCGGCCGGAAGACCGUUGUAUUCACUGUACCCGGCGGCCGACAUGUCCCAGGGUUACAGUUCCAAAUUCGGACUACCAACUGGAUCCGGUUAUGGUGGGGCCAGCACCGGCCAUGACUCGUCUUACGAGAUUCAUCAUCAUCAUCCUGCACCAAUUCAUCCGCGACCACCGCCAUUCCACAUUCCACGUCCGAAAGCGAAGAAAGGAAAAGGAGCUGCUCUUUCGGCACUAACUCUGCUUGCAUUUUUGUAUUUUUUAAACAUGCUGCAAAAUUGCCUAAAGGAACAUAUGGACACUAUGAAUCCGACUGUCAUGGUAAUGACAGCCGGAGCCACCCGUCGGAAGGAUAUUGAAGAUGUAUCAUUAUUGAAACCGGAUGGAAUGGUUGGUGGAUACAAUGCCGCCAACAGACACGAGGCGAUUGACGAAAGGUUUCCUACCUUUUCAACUGAAUCAGGUGGAAAUCGCACACAAGCUGGAUCAAGUUAUUGGAGGUUACUCAACACACGAGAACAUAAGCUGCGAAAAUCUGUUGCCGAAGGGAAGCAGACAAGUGGAAGUUCAAACGAUGAAACUGUCUACUUCGAUGAUUGAUGAGAUGAGGUUUCGCUGUUUGAAUGCUCUGAGUGAAUGGAACGUAUUUAAAACUUUUUGAAUUGGAAUAGUUUCAAAUAGAAUAAUGAAAUAAUCAUAAUAUAAUACAAAAUAUCUUGUUAAUUUAAGUUUCACUAAAUGCAUACUAGAGAAAAAAUCGUUUUAUGUUCAUACAUGCUUUAUAACAAGAAACUAAUUGAAAAAGAUAGUUAACGGAGUUCAACAGAAAAGUAUCUCUCGUAGUCAGGACUCGAACAGCUGAACUACUAAACUAUUCUGAAGAUUUGGGAAAAACACAUCACAGACAUAACCAAAAAAAAGCCAGAUGCCUGAUCGGAUUUCUUAGUACGAUUAUUUUUUUGACGAAAACUGUCGUUAGAUAAUCAACCAUUUUUUUCAGAUGAAAAUUAGUUUACUAAAAGUUUGCGAAGUUUUACCGUAUCAAAUUCUGUUAAUUUAAAAUUCAAUUGAUAUGAAUAGCUUCCGAGUUCUUUGAAUAGUAUACUGUCUGUCUGGUGAAAAUGCCACAAUGCAACCGACAAAAAUGAUCACCAAAAACUCAUUUUAAAUCGGACAAUGUUGAAACUUUCUGAUAAUAAAUACACUUACUGUGUUUUUGCAAACUUCAUUAUAUUGAAUAUCAGAAUUUUCGUAUUACUGAUUCCUAAAAAAUAAUAAUCAUAAUUUUUUAACA